AUGUCUUUCGGUUUCUCUGUCGGGGAUUUCAUCGCGGUGGGAAAGCUGAUCAGCGAGGCAAUCAGCUGCCUCCAGGCUGUAGGCGGAGCCAGAUCAGAGUACCAAGAGCUCAUCAGGGAAUUCCAGGCUCUCGACGCAGCCUUACGCCACCUCGACCGACUCAACAGCAACGACCCCGAUUCAACGCGCGUGGAUUCUAUCAAAUAUGCAGCCUUGAGUUGUCGCCAUCCACUGGAGGAAUUCCUGGCCAAGAUCAAGAGAUAUGAGAAUUCGUUGGACAGCCGGAGCUGUUCUGGUGCUGUGAGAAGCACUGCAGAUAAGAUCCGAUGGACAUUUGGGCAGAAAGACGACAUCAAACGCCUGCAGACUUAUCUCAAUGUGCACAUCGGUACAAUCAACAUGCUGCUAGCGCAGUAUGGCCUGGAACGCAUCCACGUCACCAGCAAGAAAUCAGAGGCAGACGCGCUGCGUAUCUACGAACAGGUGAAUACUACACAGACCAUGGUGAUAGGCCUACAACAGAGCGUACCCGCACAAGCUCUGGUCUUGCACAAGGUAUAUUCGAUGCUCGGCAGUGUUUAUGACCUGGUGCGUGGCGAUAUCAAGUCCUCCCUGGAUCACUUGGAGCAGAUUGUCUCCACAAUAUGUGUGACAACACAACAAAUCUAUACCGUCGUAGUCCAAAUUCGCGAUUCGGCAAUGCCAGUAGACACUCGUUGGACGCAUUUCCAGGCACCGCUUGUGGUCGAAGACGCCCUGGGCUACAAGUUUCCUGUCCCGUCAGAGUACGACUUCGAGAUGCUGGUGACGAUCAUCCAGCAGCGAUUUAAGUCUGGAUCGGGCGCCAGAGAGGUUAGGGCCGGGAACUAUGAGCUCUGCCGGACGAGGAGGAAGUCUGAAGUAGUUACAGCUACUUCUCGCCUUGUGCCGGGCACGGCGAUCACUAUGGCUAUUAUCGUCGCCAUACCGUCAAACAGAGACACGGUCUGCCUCAAAAUUACGAAAUGUCCAAUGCCCCAUUGUAGAUCCUCGGAAAUCUCUCAGUGUCAAGAUACUGGCGGGUCUGUUUGGUAA